CUCGGACCCGAACACUGGUGGCGGCACAAGACCUAGACCUAGUUUUCACUCAUGGCCUGCACAAUCGACUUCCGCUGCCUAGACGAAGGCUUCGGCGGCAAAACCUACAAGCGCAAGCGGAACCCCGAAGCCGCCGACGACGACGAAGAUGCCGCCAUGGAAAUCGACGCCGCCGCCUAUCCACCUCCGGCGAAGCGAUCCGCGGUGUCCUCCUCGGACAAUCCGGACAAACCGGUCUUCGGCCGGCCGAGCUACGACGGCGUGAUCGCCGGGAAGGUCUCCGGGCGGAAGUGGAAGCAGCCGCGGAAGCAGAGGUCGUCGGCGCUCCAGGUGAGCCGGAAGGGGACGACGUUCGAGGAGAGGGAGAAGAACAAGUCGGUGAAGAAGGCGUACAAGGAGAGAAUGGCGGAGCUGAAGGGGGAGAUUAAGAGGAACAAGGAGGAGAAGAGGAGGAAGAGGGAGGAGAGGGAGAAGAAGAAGAAGGAGAAUAUUCUCAAGACUGGGACCAAGCUGCAGAUUAUUUCCAACCCCAAGACGAUUCAGAGGAUUUCGAGAACCAAGGCCAGGAAUCAACUCAAGCCUGUUCCCGAGGAGAUGAUCAAGAGGAACAAUAAGAAGAGCGGCCUUUUGCUUACGGAGUAGUCAGUCUUUUGCUUUUGUUUACUGCUCUUUUUUCAUUUUCCUGUUUUUGUUUUAUGGUAGGAUUUUUCAUCCUUGCUUUUGGGGACAAUGAGGAGGUGUUGUGUUAUGUGUUAAUGAAAUCGAAUAUAUGCUACUCAGAGUUGCUGUGUUCAAA